AUGUGGCGUCUCCUCACCUUCUCCUUCCUGCUGACGUCAGCAGCCCAGCACGACUCCGCCAAGACGCUGAGAGAUGAGGAGUGCGAGCCCCACUCCCAGCCGUGGCAAGUGGCCCUCUUCGAGGGCGGACGCUUUAACUGCGGCGCCUCCCUCAUCUCUGCACACUGGGUGCUGUCUGCAGCCCACUGCCAAACCAGCUUCAUGCGGGUGCUCCUGGGCGAGCACAAUCUGCGCAAGCGCGAUGGCCCGGAGCAGCUGCGGACUGUGGCUCGCGUCGUCCCACACCCGCGCUACGAAGCGCGCAGCCAUCGCCACGACAUCAUGAUGCUACGCCUAACCCGGCCCGCGCACCUCUCCCCGCAAGUGCGUCCCGUGGAGCUGCCCACGCGUUGUCCCCAGCCGGGCGAGGCCUGCGUGGUGUCCGGCUGGGGCCUGGUGGCUGAUGACAAGGCGGGGGCCAAAGGGAACACAAGGCCAAAAGUGAGUCUCCCAGAUACGCUGCAUUGUGCCAACAUCAGCGUCAUCCCGGCCACAUCUUGUAGCGAGGACUACCCAGGGCGCCUCAUGAACACUAUGGUGUGUGCAGGAGUAGAGGGCGGAGGCACGGACUCCUGUGAGGGUGACUCCGGGGGGCCCCUGGUCUGUGGGGGAGUCCUGCAGGGCAUUGUGUCCUGGGGUGACGUCCCCUGUGACUCUACUACCAAGCCUGGUGUCUAUACCAAAGUCUGCAGCUACUUGGGAUGGAUCAGGGAAACCAUGAAAAGGAACUGA